AUGAGUUUGUGUUAUCUCUACGAAAGAUGUAGCCAAACCUUUAUAAAACAACAGGGUUUGACACAACAUAUUCAUAAUGAUGAUGCAGUUAUUUUUCAAGAUGAAAAGGUAUUUGAAAAGUCAGAUCCAUUUAAAAGAAAAUCAUCUCGAGUUGAAUCGACUAACUUUAAUAAUACUGAGGAAUUAGAUUAUUUUUCAAUAGAUGAAACAUCAUUAGAAAUACAAAACUCUUCUUAUUCUCCUUUGUUACAAGAACUUGACCAUAAUGAGGAAAUUAUGAGUGAUAAUGAAGAUAUCAUAUAUGGUUCGGAUACUGAUACUGAUUCAGUAGAUUCUGAAGAUUUUUGUGGAGCUAGCUUUGAAGAUGCAGUAAAUGAUAUAAUCAAUGAGCAUAUUCCACAGUGGCCUAACGAGAUUUACCAAGAAUUCGCAAAGAUAUGUAUAGAUUAUGAACUAUCCAAUCAAGCGAUCAAUUCAUUUAUUCGCUUUUUUAACAAAAAUGCGAAUUUAGAAAAAUCGCCUCUGCCAAAGAAUUCUAAGGAGAUGCAUGAAUUUAUGAAUUCAAUGGCAGUACUGAACCUCGAUUUUAAAAAGAAAUUUAUAAUCGACUUUGAGGAGGCUGAAGAUAGUAGUAAUUCAGAUAAUACUGAUUCUAUAACACAAUUUCUUAAUUUUAGUGAAUUUCUUGACUUUUAUUCAAACAACUAG